AUGCCUACCUUCCAGUCGAAUCCAUUCCGCUCAUCGAAAGGGCCAGAGACUUUCAGUGAACGGAUCGCGGCAUCCUACAGGCGGCGGCUGGCGAAGCAUCCUUUCGCACUCUUUGGCCUCCCGUUCAUUGCGAUGAUGCUGGGCGCAUCCUUCCUUCUUACGCCCGCGACGGCACUACGCUACGAACAGCACGAUCGCAAGAACCGGGAGCUGAGUCAUGCCGAAGCAAUGGAACUCGGGCUAAAAGGUGGUGCGACUGGAGAAGGAACAAUGCACUACAAUCCAAGACGGCGGCAGCUUCUCCAGAGUGAAAACGCACAAAGGGACGAGUACUAUCGACUCAUGGCUAAAGAUCUGGACAAUUGGGAGCAGAAACGAGUCCAACGGUGGAAAGGUGAACCUGACGGCCGACUGUGA